AUGUCGAUCAAAAAACAUUUACGGAGUCAAGCAAAAGAAAUUACUGCGAAAGUGUACCGCAGAAUGAAAUAUGAAGCGGAAAAUGGAGUGGAAAAACUAUCUGACGCUAGAUGGCGAACUGCUCAAGCCGUUGGUGUUAGUGAAUCUACGAUUACACGAAUUUUGAAAGAAGAGAAGCAAGCUAGUACAUCAAAUGAUACGUCACAAAAAAUUUUUAGAUCGCCCUCAAAACCAAAAAGGAAGCGUACCAAGUCUAACCUGGAUGAUUUUGAUAUGGGUAUACUUCGCAGAACGAUAGCGACAUUUCAUACAGAAUUUAAUGAAUUACCAACGUUAAGAAAGCUGAAACAAGUAUUAACAGAAAGAAUUGGUUUUAACGGUUGUAUAGAAACUCUGCGUAUCAUUUUGAAGGAAUCGGGCUACGAGUGGUCCAAAAUAGAUGACAACCGUAAAGCUUUAGUAGAAAAGCAUGAUAUCCAAAUGUUACGCUUUCAAUAUUUGAGGCAAUUAAAAAAAUAUCGUGACGUGGGCCGCUAUAUCGUAUACACAGAUGAAAGUUAUGUUCAUACAACACAUCUGCAAAACAUGUGCUGGAAACCAGUCAAAGGAGUAUCAGCAGUGCAAAAAAAGUUGUCGAAAGAUGAAAGUGAAUCUAUGGAGAUGAGUGAAUAG